CGUUCAUCUUUCUCUAACUUUUUAUGUAAUCUUUCAUCAAUACAUUAUUGGGUUUUUUUUACUGCUCCAUUUGACAACUUAAUUCAGCAAUUCGUUGUAGAAUAUGAAGAGGGCAAGCUUUAAUUUUUAAUAUUUUUGGAUAUAAUUUGAUGGUUACAGGACCUUUAAUUGUACUUUUUAAGUUUGUAUUGCUUUUGAUUAUGUAUGUAUGUAUGUGAUUAUAAAUGUCAUAUAACUAAGUACUCAUGCUUUGUCGAGCAAAUUCGUGGAAAAGUACGGAAAUUUUGAACUUUUUCUGGUGGACAGGGGAGGGAUGAUAUGAUGUGAACAGUUAACUGAUUAGUAGUUCCUAAUUUUUCUUUCCUUUUUGUUAUUUCAAAUAGUUUGUGAACAUGGCUUAAUUUCUUAUUAGUUGAGUUUUCAGAAUAUUUCAAGAAAACACACAUACACACACAAUUUUUUUAGUAACUAUAAGCAGAAAUAAAGGAUCCCUGAAUUCCCAAGACAGCUUCAAUUAUGAUGCAAUGAAUAAAAUGUAUUUCUUUACUCUUUUCAUUGCUAUUGUCUGCAAAUUUUGAAAAUUUUGGUCUUUUAUGUGAGCUUGAAGGUUUUUUUUUGAGUUUUCCUCGAACAAUACUAGCAAGACUGCAAGAGAAUUAUAUAUGUUUAAUAUGUUUAAUAAUGCAAUGAAUAAUCAAUGGAACCCGUUGUUGCUGAAAUUGUAUUGCACCUAAUUGUUAGAAUUGCAUUCAUAGCGCUCUGAAGAAUCAUUAGAAUAUGUUGUUAUUAAGGGUGUGCUCAAUCUAAUUGAUAAUCCUAACUUCAUGUGCUUGCUUUAGUUUUUUGACUGGACUGAAAUAUAUAUUUUGACAGGCAUUGAGUCCUAGCUUGAGUUAUCUCUCACAAAAUUAUGACCAAUGUUGUGGAGGAUGAAGAAUCAUUUAACAGACCGAUUGGACGAUGGCCUGUUUUCGUCUAUGGUGUAGGUCACAUGCUCAAUGACAUUACAUCAGCCUGUUGGUUUACUUACUUGUUGGUGUUCCUCACAGAUAUUGGACUUUCCCCAGGGGAUGCUGCAAUUGUGAUGCUUAGUGGACAGGUCGCAGAUGGUUUUAUGACUGCCUUUUCUGGCGAGCUGAUAGACCGGUUUGGACGCUUCAAAGUAUGGCAUGGUGCUGGAUCCCUGCUAGUUGCUGUUUCAUUUUCUUCAGUGUUUGGUGGUUGUAUACCAUGCAAAAUAAUGGGAACAGAUUCAUCGACUCUACAGACAAUUGGAUACAGCAUUUUUGCGGCUAUUUUCAAUAUUGGCUGGGCUGCCACUCAAGUGUCACACAUGUCUAUGGUCAACUGUAUGACACUGAAUCCGACGAGCAGAGUUGUGCUAGCCAGCUGCCGGAAUGCAUUUACUAUGGUUGCAAACCUGAGCUUGUAUGCCGUGGCUUUUGCUGUCUUUGGUCUUAGUAAAUCAAGGACUCAUGCUGAUAUAGAAUACCAGUAUCGUUGGAUUGCUUAUUCAUCAAUUUUUAUCGGAUGCUGCUUUGUUUGCAUCUUUCUUAUUGGAACUAAAGAGCCCAGAUUGAAAGAUUGCUUUCCGGGAAAAGUUUAUGCUAGAAUUGAAUGGACCUACUGGUUCCAUAAAGUCCUCUACUACCAGGUCGCUCUUGUAUAUGUACUGACUAGACUAGUGACUAAUGUCUCACAGUCAUUUCUUGCCUUUUACGUCAUCAAUGAUCUACAAAUGGCUCAAUCUUCAAAAGCUCUGGUGCCUGCUAUCAUAUACAUUUGCAGCUUCAUUAUAUCCCUUAUUCUACAGGAGAUGCCAUGGCCUGGCCACCGCCUGAAAUUAUUCUACUCUAUUGGAGGUGUUCUUUGGAUAUUUUGCGGUGCUGCAGUUCUUUUUUUGCCUCAAGCCAUGAGUGGAUAUAUGUAUAUCAUCUCUAUUGUUAUUGGCAUUGCAAAUGCCCUAAUGAUGGUCACUGGAGUAGGCAUGCAGAGUGCCCUUGUUGGGCAAGACUUGAAUGGAUGUGCUUUCGUCUAUGGAUCACUGAGCUUUAUGGAUAAAAUGGCAUGUGGGGUUGUGUUGUACUUUCUGGAAUCAUUUCAAAGUAAUGUCUCUUCAAAUACCACUGUGCUUCAUUCGUCUACACUGAGUUUCUCAAUCACAAGAUAUGCUCUGGGUUUUGUUCCAGCAAUUAGCGCUCUCAUUGGUGUAGCAGUAACAUACAGUAUGAACCUUGAAACUCCUUUAACGCCUUUAGCACAGCCCCUUCUGGCCUAACAAGAUUCACGAGGCUACUUUGACAUCAUAUCUAGAGAGAUUUUUGCACUGCAUUUUUCCACAUAUUGAGAGUCAUGUUCUCACA